AGGAAUUCAAGGGCUCAACAAUAGUUGAAUUAAUGAAAAAAGAAGGCACCACCCUGGGGCUUACAGUAUCGGGUGGAAUCGACAAGGAUGGGAAACCAAGAGUAUCUAACCUUCGUCAAGGAGGAAUCGCUGCUAGGAGUGACCAGCUGGAUGUAGGGGACUACAUCAAGUCUGUGAAUGGAAUCAACCUGACCAAAUUUCGCCACGAUGAGAUCAUCAGCCUUCUCAAGAACGUUGGUGAGAAGGUUGUUUUAGAAGUGGAGUAUGAGCUGCCUCCAGUCU